AUGGGGCUUUACGCGAAGUUCACUCCUGGCGAGGUCGCUGCUGCAGGCGUCGUAUUUCCCUUCAUCGGUACAAUAUUAGUUGCGUUGCGUACAAGAGCUAGACUCAGGAAGCUCAAGAAGCUGGCUGUCGAGGACUACUUAGUCUACGUUGCACUGGGGCUCUUGAUAGGGAUGGGUAUUGCGACCGUCGUCGGUGUUGCGACAAAGUCCGAAGGGUACUCUACUCCAAAGGAAAAGGAACUGAAACAGGCCACUGAAACCAGUGUCGAAAAGGUCUUCUGGAUCACUGAGUUAUUUCAGCCUUUAGCCCUAGGGUGUAUCAAAUUGAGUUUCAUAUUCUUCUACCGCAAAAUAUUCAAUGUCGGACCAAAGACUUCGAUUUUCAACGUCGUAUCGAUUGUUUCAAUAGUCAUAAUGGCUGUCUGGAUGUUUGGUUUCUUCCUCGCGGUCUUGCUGAUUUGUCCUGGCAAAAUCGACAGAUACUGGGGACCAGUUGCCGGGCGAGCACAGUACUGCUGGUCUACCACCAAAUUUCUUUAUGCCCUAUGCUGGUCAGAUGUUGGAACCGACUUGAUAAUUCUUGUGAUGCCUAUCCCAUCAGUUCUUCAUUUGCACAUUACUACUCGGAAGAAGAUAGGAAUUGCCUGCAUAUUUGGCAUGGGUAUCUUAACCGUGGUUGCAUCGAUCAUUAGAGCUGUUUUCUACGUUAAUUUGUUGAAUGCGGAAAAAACGGAACUUGCGACCUUCGACCCGAAUAUGCUCAACACUAACGGCAUAUACUGGAUGCUUGUAGAAACCGGUCUUGCUCUCAUUGCGGUCAAUCUCCCUCUUCUGUACGGCACGGUAAGACAUGAGGGCAUUGAGUCUGUAAUUCGCUCAGUACGAAGCUUCGCCUCAAUAGGUUCACAUACCCAUUCGCAACAUCACGACAUCUCCUCGGCAGCCGCAUCAAUUACAAAGAACAGCGGAGAAGGUUUAUCCGAGAACAGUAUAGAAUUGGUUCCUCAGGGCACGCAUAGCAAAUCUACUUCCAAAGCGUUGCAUAACGAUGUUGAUGUUGAGGCGGGCAAUAUCAACGUUGUGAAGACUUACAGCGUGCACGAGCUAGAUCCUCACGCCCGGUGA